AUGCCACCUCGCCUUCACAUCACCGGCGACACACCCGACUGCGACCCAGCCCUCCUCCAGCAAUUCACAGACGAAGGCUUCGACACAACAUAUCUCCCGCAUGGACAAGGCGGCAAACCCUACCGCGACAAACUCACACGCCUUUCCCACGACCUCGAACUUGGAGAGAGCUACGCCGUCGUCGCCUACGGCGCCGCGGCAAAGGACUGCCUACUCCAACACACCAAACCCCAAGCGCACCUCUCCGCUCUUAUUUGUCAUUACCCCCCAACCAUCCCGGACCCCAAGGCCAAAUUCCCCUCCCAACUAAACCUCCUCUGCCACCUCGCCGGAUCGCAGGGCUUCGCGCCAGCGUUCGAUUCGUACACCUACCCCAAUGCCAAACCCGGGUUCGCUGAACCAAACGACCCUAGCUAUGACAAGGUGGCAGCGUCGCUGGCAUGGACCAGAAUACUAAGUAUCCUACGCAAAGCAUUCAAGCUCGAAACCCGUCUCGAGCCCAUCCGAGAAGAACACCUACGACGCUCAUUCACAGGGAAGGAUGCAGCGGGGACGACAGCGGGGAUGAUCACGUCCCCAAAACCCUACGUGACGAACGUGCCUACUCUAACAGGAGGAAUCGGACAGCGGGACUUAUUCCUAUUCUAUCGAGACUACUUCCGCAAUCCCCCUUCCCUCCGCAUGAAGCUCGUCAGUCGCACGAUGGGCGAGGAUCGCGUGGUCGACGAGAUGGUGGUGAGUUUCAAGCACUCGGAGGAAGUGCCGUGGCUGCUUCCGGGCGUGCCGGCGACGGAGAGGGUGGUGCAUGUGGCGAUGGUGAGCGUGGUGUGCGUGCGCGGGGGUAAAAUAUACCACGAGCACGUGUAUUGGGACCAGGCGUCUGUGCUGGUGCAGGUCGGGCUGCUGGAUCCGAAGCUCGUGCCGGAGCAGAUGAAGAAGCGAGGGCUCAAGCGAUUGCCGGUCGUUGGCGCGGAGUCGGCAGCGAAGGUGCUGGAUGAGGAGAGUCAUCCGAGCAAUGAGCUGAUACCGAGCUGGAAGGACCGGCCGAAGGGUGAUCCUGGCGCGUUGCCGAGCCGGCCGAAGCAGGCGGCGAAUGGUGCGCGGGCGGGUGAUGAGUAG